GUCCCGGACUCGGUGGUACUGUCUGCCUGUCAAGCCCCCAGUGACCCUGACUGAGGAGGCUGAGGAGGGAGUGAUCUACACAGUGACCACGCGCCAGCCCGGGGGCGCCCAGCCAGGGGCCCUGGGGGGGGCGGGGAGCCAGGCCCGCUCGCUGAAGGCUGGGUCACUGGUCCGGCUGGUUCGGCACCUGCUGGAGGCCCAGAUGCUGGGCGAUGCCACCUACAUCCCUGCCUUCCUGGUCACCUACCGGGUGUUUGCCCGCCCCCCCGUGGUGCUGGGGCUGCUGCUCGACAGGCUGGAGGAGGUCGGGGCGCUGGAGCCAGGGCCCGUCUCCCCAGAGACAGCUGAGCUGCAGCGGUACCCCGAGGAUUUCGGAGGGGCCUUGGACUCGGGCCUGGUGGAGCGACUGGGCCGGAGCCUGCAAUGUGCCCUGGGCCAGGGCUCCGAGGCCGAGAGACGCCUGCUCGCCCUACGGGGGGUGCCGGGGGGGCCCAGCAAUGGAGGCGCUGUUCCUGCGGGUCGUGCCCUACCAGUGCCUGGGCUCGCUCUGGUCUCAGCGGGACAAGAAGGGGCGGGAGCGGGAUUGCCCCAGCGUCCGUGCCACGGUGCGCCAGUUCAACCGCCUGGCGGGGGCCGUGAUCCGCUCCUGCCUGGCGAGGCCGGGGCUGCGCCCCCAGCAGCGGGCCCGGAUCCUGGAGAAAUGGAUCCACGUAGCUGAGGAGUGCCGCACCCUGAGGAAUUUCUCGUCUCUCUGCGCCAUCAUCUCUGCCCUGCAGUCCAGCCCCGUGCACCGGCUCAAGCGGACCUGGGACGAGACCGCCAGGGACGCGCUGCGCAGCUACGAGGAGCUCAGCACCAUCUGUUCUGAACAGGAUAACUACAACCUGAGUCGGCAGCUGCUGUUCCAGGAGGGCACCUCCAAACCGUCUGGCACCGACCCUGCCCCACGCCGGCAGCUGCGGAGACCCCAGGAGCAGCGCCCAGUGGGCGUGGUUCCAUACCUGGGCACCUUCCUGCGAGACCUAGUGAUGCUGGACACCGCCAUGAAGGAUGAGCUGGAGAACGGAUACAUCAACUUCGAGAAGCGGCGCAAGGAGUUUGAGGUGCUGGCCCAGCUGCGUCUCCUGCAGUCCGUGUGCCGCAACUACAGUGUCCAGCCCAGCCCCCCCUUCCAGCGCUGGCUACGGGCGCUGCCCCCCCUCUCCGAGGCACAGAGUCACAGUCUCUCCUGUGAGAUCGAACCCCCUGGGGAGGCCCCAACCCCCCAGCGGCCCCUGAAGCCCACCGUGGUCAUCACCCACUGCACAGAGCUGCUGAGCUCUGUGGGGAACCCCCUGGUCUCCUGGGAGGGGCCCAGCUCCCAUGAGGGGCCCUCCGGCUGCAGCCCUGACCUGCUGCCAUCCCCCCAUGGCCCCACGCAGCUGCUGUCUCGCCUGGCGCAGCACAUGAAGUGGCCGUCAGUCUCCACGCUAGACACAGCUCCUGAGGACGUGGGUUCCUCGGCCGGGGGCCUCUCGCCCCCCACCCCCACUGGGGGGGGCUUUCCCCAGGGGCACCGGCGCUCAGCUUCAUGCGGCUCUGCCUUCCCUGCCCCUCCCAACCCGGAGCCUGGGGCUCCCCCCUCCGACUGCUGCAUCAUCCGCGCCCGCAUGGCCCUGCACAACGGCAGCCUCUACAAGAGCAUCCUGGUGACCAGCCAGGACAAGACCCCGUCGGUCAUCGCCAAGGUGCUGGAGAAGCACGGCCAGGAGCGGGCGGCUGCCCCCCAAUUCCAGCUGGUCCAGCUGCUGCCUGAGGGGAAAGAGCUGACCUUCCCGCCUACAGCCAACGUCUUCUAUGCCAUGAAUGGCUCCAGCUUGGACUUUGUGCUGCGCCCCAAGAGCGCCGGGGAGCCUGCCCUGCCCCCCAGCACCACCCCCCGCAGGGCUGAGCUCAGCGCCACCUUCCCCAAGAUCAAGGCCACCGGCCGCAAGCUCGCCAGGGCCCUCUUCUGACGGCGAACCCCAAAACCGCCCUGGGGCUUCCUGGGCCUGGAGGAAAGGAAGUGACCUGCACCCUCCCGGGCUGUGAGGAAGGGAAUUAGAGCUGCCUGGGGCUGUCCUCAUCUCUCCCGGCAUCAGGGGCUGGUCUGCCCCAGGCCUGCC